AUGGUUUUUCUCCUUUGCGUGAUGAUGCUGUGGCCAAUCGGCGGCGGCAUGGAAAUGACAUUGGACUUCAGAGCAGGGUGGCCAUCACUCCAAGUGUGGCCUACACAAACUCGCUGGGACCUGCAGGUGCUUUGGCAACCAUGCGGUACGAGCCAAUGGCCAGAGCUUGCAGGAAAGACUUUGCAUCUAUCGGGUGGGGGGUUGGAGCAGUGUCAAUAUGCAGAGACCCAGCGAGUGCUAGCCUUUGCAAAAUCGGCUGAUGCGAAACGGGGAUUUCUUCUUUUGACGCGCGCUGGAGAGAUUGGCAUUUUUUCUCAGCAAGGCCUGGAAACAACACCCUUCAAGUGGCAAUCACUGUCAACAGAUCGCUGGUAUUUGCUCAGAGCUGUUGGCGGCAAUGGCACUACGAGUUUUUAUUGCAACGGAAGGAGGGUCGGCACAGUUUCUGGAGAUCCUGGUAACUAUUGGCCAGAAAGGUUUGCUGGGGACUUGGAUGCUAAGAAUCCACAGGGGGCGGGUCGCAUUCGCAGAAUACGAUUUCGGCUUCAGCAGCCCCAGAACAAUUCGGCGAAUACCUACAAGCAGUGCAACUUCUAG